UGGACUGGGACUGCUCCCCAACUAGAGAGAGAGAGAGAGAGAUGAGAGAGAGAUGUUGGGGUCUUCUCGUUCUAUAGUGUUGUGGAGUAGCCAAUGGCUUAUAUAUCAAGUUGUUAGCAAUUCAAGCUAGCUUUGGUCGCGGGUAGCAAACUCGAUCUUUUGCAAUGGCUAAGGGGUCUAAAGCCAGAGGGGUGGCUCUCGGCUUCAUCUUCUUCCCUCUCGUCUAUGUUACUCUCCUUCGAUGCGACGUCUCGCCUCCCUUAUUACCGAGGUUAUCGAGCAGUUGGAGCCUAGGAAGCAAGGAGACUGGCAUGGAGGUUACUGAGUUUUCGGGGUUUCUUCUUCGGAGAUUAGUAAGAGGAAGUGCUCGACGGGAGCUCAGUCGAAACGGGGUUACGUGCAUCUCAGAUACGGAAUCCGACACGUGCAUCACGUCAGAUUCCGUGAGAUUGACCACCGGAAAGUCUCCCACCGUACUCUAUCUCACCGGGGGUCAGCAACUUUCUCGACAGAAUCGGAAUACAUUGCUGCAGGUCCGUCCGUAUGCCAGAAAGACCGACACUUUCGCAAUGGCUCGUACCUCACCCGUUACGAUCAUUCCGAACGCGCAACACCCUCCGCCUUGCGAUAUCAAUCAUUCGGUCCCCGCCGUCGUUUUCUCUAACGGCGGUUUUGCGGGAAACUUCUUCCACGACGUAAACGACGUCAUAAUCCCUCUCUUCCUCACUUCCUCCCACUUACGCUCCCGUGCGCAGCUCGUAAUCACGGAUUACGAGGAAUACUGGGUCAAGAAAUACCGUAGAAUCCUGGCUCGUCUCUCUUCUUUCGACAUCAUCGUCGCCUCCUCGACAUCCUCCUCCGCCGCGGACGAGAAAGUACAUUGCUUCCCAGCCGCAGUGGUUGGCCUCAGGUACCACGGGAACCUCCUCUGUAACUCCACUUCCGAACCUGGGGGCGUCUCCACGGCUGACUUCCGCAACUUCCUCCACGCCGCAUUUUCGCUCCGAAACGGCCCAAUGGGCCCAACCAACAGCCCGACAAUGGUCCUCUUAUCCCGAAGAAAAUCCCGAAAAAUACUCAACGAGGAAAACGUAGCGGAGCUUGCCAGGGAAGUCGGGUUCCGAGUAAUAGUCGCAACUCAGGAAGUAGUAAGAAACCUGCAGAACUUCACGGAGCUCGUAAACGGGUGCAACGUUCUGAUGGGUGUUCACGGCGCAGGGCUGACGAACCUCAUGUUUCUACGGCCACAGGCCGUGGUUCUUCAGGUCGUGCCGUGGGGCCUUGAUUGGGCCUCAACGGCCUACUACGCUCGGCCCGCUAAGAGAUUGGGCCUUCAGUAUGUAGAGUAUCAUAUUGAGGUUGAGGAGAGUUCAUUGUGCAAUGAGUAUCCUAAGGACCAUCCAGUGUUAACUGAUCCCUGGGGUAUUAAUUUGAAAGGGUAUAAUGUGAGUAAGCCAGUUUAUACUGAUGGACAGAAUGUGAGAAUAAAUUUGGCAAGGUUUAAGGAUACAUUGUUGAAAGCUAGGGAGUUAGUGAGAAAUCCAUCAAAAGUUAGUGUAGAGUGAGAGAGAGGUCAAGAUUGCUCCUGAUCAAAUUUGAUUGAGCAUUGAAUUUGUUGUAAGUUAUAAAUUGUGAUUUAUGAGUGUAAUUAUUUAAAUGUAUAGGUCUCCGAA